AUGAAACUCCUUGUGCUCGUUUCGCUUCUCGGUUCCUCGUGGGCCUGUCUCGGCGGUGGUGGUGGUGGCUGUUGUCCACCGUCGCAAGCCAUCGGAGGUGGAUGCGGUGGUGCCCCGCCAUGCUCGGCAUCAAGCUACGGCGGUCCACCCCCACUUCCCCCACCACCAUCUGGAGGAUAUGCGACAGCUCCUGGAGGAGGAGGAGGUUAUGCUGGUCCAGGCUCAUUCGCCGCCGCUGGUGGCCCGAUUGUUGGUGGUUCUUAUGGAGGAGCCCCAGUGUCAGCUGGUGGUUCGUACGGUGGUCCACCGCCAAUCGCCGCUCCUCCACCACCACCUCCAAUCGCUUCUCCAGUCUACGCUUCACAAGGAGCCGGCGGAGCAUUCGCCUCACCGCAAGCCCCAACUUCUGGAGUUGAUGCCUCAGCUGGAGCUUUUGGAGCCGCCCCGGCACCCGUUCAGAUCUCGGCACCAGCUCAACCACAGGCUCCAAUCGGCUCUCCGAUUGAAACAGCACCACAAGUGAUCUCACAAACUGGUCAACAAGAACUCCCACAACCACUUCCACAAGUGCAACCACAAGAGAUUCAACAGCCAGCUGCUCCCGCUCAAGCUGAAAACUAUGGAGAAGAAGCCCCAGCUCAGCCAGCUCCUGAGGCACCAGCUCCACAAACUGAAUCUUCAUACGAUGACAUUGAAGAAGAGCAAGCGCCAGCCCCCGAAGCUCCCGCUCCAGCGCAGCCAAGUUACGAGGAGACCAAAGCCGCCCCCGAGCCUGCCCCAGAAGCCGCCUAUUCAGAGGAUAACGCGGUUCCCGAACCUGAGGCCCCAGCGCCGGCUGGUGGAGAUGAUUACGGAGAUGCCGAGGGAGCAGACGAUGGGAAUUGCGAUGAUGCUGAGUUGAAGCAAAUCGUUGAGUCCGCCUUGGGCAAUCAGAAAGACAACUUGGAAGCAGCGCGAGAAAUCGAGGGACAAGCUUCGGCCAAGUUUGGAGGUCGCUUCAACUCGAUCGUUUCUGACGCAGAAUUCGCCUACGUGAACUGGUACGGUAAACGAAAUUGUCAACUUCGCAUCAACAACCGUCACUCGCUCACCUGGGAAGAC